AUGCCAAGAGCCCCUGGUGCCACCCCUGAGCAUUUCCGAGCCCAGCUCAGGCCGGGGGACAAUGACAUGGACGAUGACAUGGACGAUGACAUGGACGAUGGCAUGGACAAUGACAUGGACAAUGACAUGGACAAUGACAUGGAGGAUGACAUGGAUGAUGACAUGGACGAUGGCAUGGACAAUGACAUGGACAAUGACAUGGAGGAUGACAUGGACGAUGACAUGGACGAUGACAUGGACGAUGACAUGGACGAUGGCAUGGACAAUGACAUGGACAAUGACAUGGACGAUGACAUGGACGAUGGCAUGGACAAUGACAUGGACAAUGACAUGGACGAUGACAUGGACGAUGGCAUGGAGGAUGGCAUGGACAAUGACAUGGAGGAUGACAUGGACGAUGACAUGGACAAUGACAUGGAGGAUGACAUGGAGGAUGACAUGGAGGAUGACAUGGACGAUGGCAUGGAGGAUGACAUGGAGGAUGACAUGGAUGAUGACAUGGACGAUGACAUGGACAAUGACAUGGACAAUGACAUGGAGGAUGACAUGGAGGAUGACAUGGACGAUGACAUGGAGGAUGACAUGGACGAUGACAUGGACAAUGACAUGGAGGAUGACAUGGAGGAUGACAUGGAGGAUGACAUGGAUGAUGACAUGGACGAUGGCAUGGAGGAUGACAUGGAUGAUGGCAUGGAGGAUGACAUGGAUGAUGACAUGGACGAUGGCAUGGAGGAUGACAUGGAUGAUGACAUGGACAAUGACAUGGAUGAUGACAUGGAGGAUGACAUGGACGAUGACAUGGACGAUGACAUGUAA